AUGGAGAGAUUACAAAGAUUAUUAGGUGGAGGAAACGGAUUAGGCGGAGCCGGUGGGCUGCCCCAAAAUGACGCUCCAGCAAUUGACGAUGCAGAAACCGUCUACAUUUCUUCUUUGGCGCUAUUGAAAAUGCUCAAACACGGUAGAGCUGGUGUCCCCAUGGAAGUCAUGGGCUUGAUGCUCGGAGAGUUUGUGGAUGCUUUCACCAUCCAUGUCAUCGACGUAUUUGCCAUGCCACAGUCUGGUACCGGUGUUUCUGUUGAGGCAGUUGACGAUGUGUUCCAAACUAAAAUGAUGGAUAUGUUGAGGCAAACAGGACGUGACCAAAUGGUGGUUGGCUGGUACCACUCGCAUCCAGGUUUUGGAUGCUGGCUCUCUUCUGUGGAUGUUAAUACGCAGCAGAGUUUCGAGCAGUUGAAUAAGAGAGCAGUGGCAGUGGUGGUGGAUCCUAUUCAAUCUGUCAAAGGUAAAGUUGUCAUUGAUGCGUUCCGUACCAUCGACGCCACUACCGUCAUGAGGGGACAGGAACCAAGACAGUCCACUUCUAACGUUGGCCACUUGAACAAACCGUCGAUUCAGGCAUUAAUCCACGGCCUCAAUAGGCAUUACUACUCUUUGAACAUCGACUACCACAAGACGCUGAAUGAAACAAACAUGCUUUUGAAUCUCCACAAGAAAUCGUGGCAGAGCGGCUUGAAGAUGUCUGACUACAACCAUGCAGAGCAUGAAAACAUAGAAAACGUCAAGAGCUUGGUGAGAAUUGCAAAAUUAUACAACGAGAGAGUGUCUGAAGAAAAAACAUUACUGGAGGAGCAAUUGAAGACCAGAUAUGUCGGUAAGCAAGAUCCAAAGAAGCAUUUGACGGAGACUUCGGAGAAAAUCAUAGAGGAGAACAUCACAUCCUUGUUGACAAGUAAUGUGAACUCUCUUGCCAUCCAGUAA